AUGUGUUGCCUCAUUUUAACAUUGCUCUUUGUUUUGAUAUACAAAUAUGCGAUUUCUUAUUUGAGAAAACAAGAUGAAUUGAAAUAGUAACAAUUUGCAAACAAAGCGCCUCCUUAGGUUCCAGAAACAGAACUAUCCACACAAUAUCAAUCUCUCAAAUCAGAGGUCUAAAAGAUGAAACAGGAUGCUGAGACAUUGAAUACAACUGAGACAUUUGCAAAGUAUAGUAAACUUCAGCGAUAAUUGAUUCCAAAGGAGGAAUUGUUAGAAUAAUUAAAGAAAUAAUAUGAGGAAUAUUAGGAGUCAUUUAUAAAAUAGUGGGAAGCUGAGUAAUCGAAAAUUCCAAAACCACCCUCAAUAUCUAAAUAGCUUAAAUACAUUGAUUAUUUGAUAAGUAUGGUAUUGAUAUUAGGAUUCUGGCCAUUUUAUAUUGAAUUAAACAAUGUUACUCUCGAUCAAUUUAAUCCUAUUUUAGGAUUUAUUGGUUACAAAUAAAAUGAAUUUAAUAAUAAUUUAACUUAGCUUUGGGGUACAAAUUGGGCAUUCUGUUGCAUUGUUGUGGGAUAAUUAAUUUUUAGAUGA